AUGGAGGAGCAGGCGGCGCGGGAGCUGCUGGCCUUCCUCGGCCCGGAGGCGCGCGGGGACCUGCGGAGCCACGCCGCCCGCGGCCUGCUGGCGCUGAGCGGCGACGCGGCGGGCCGGCAGCUGCUGGCCUCGCGGCCGGACUGGGCGGCGGCGCUGGCGGCCUCGGCCGGCGACCCCUGCGCGGCGGUGGCCCGCGACGCCUGCCGGGCCCUGGUCAACCUGGCCGCCGAGCCGGCGGCGCGCGCCGCCCUGACGCCCGCCCUGCCCGCCCUGCUGCGCCGCCUGCUCGGCCCCGCCGACCCGCUGGCCGACCUGGCCUGCGCCGCCCUGGCCAACCUCGCCCGCCAGCCCGCCGCCGGCAGGGACCUGCUGGCCGCCCUGCAGCGCGAGGCGGGCGGGCUGGCGCCGCUGCUGGACGCGCUCUGCCGCCACGCCUCCCCCGGCCGCCCGCCUCUGCACGGCCUGGGCCCGCUGCUCGCCAACCUCAGCCAGCUGCCCGAAGCCCGACACUUCCUCCUGGACAGAGCCAGGUGCGCGGUGCAGAGGUUGCUGCCCUACACCCAAUACGCUGAUUCAGCCCUCCUUAGAGGGGGGGUGGUCGGGACGCUGCGGAACUGCUGCUUUGACUAUGGGCACCAUGAGUGGCUGCUGAGUGACCAAGUGGAUGUGCUGCCCUUCCUCCUGCUCCCGCUGGCCGGUCCCGAAGAGUUUCCAGAGGACGAGAUGGAAAGACUGCCUGUGGAUCUGCAGUACUUGCCGCCAGAGAAGCAGCGGGAGCCGGACCCCGACAUCCGGAAGAUGCUUCUGGAGGCCAUCCUGCUGCUCACAGCCACGAAACCGGGGCGGCAGGUGGUGCGCCAGAGGGGCACCUAUUUUAUCCUGCGGGAGCUGCAUAAGUGGGAGGUGGACCCCGGUGUCCGGACGGCCUGUGAAAAGUUGAUACAGGUUUUGAUUGGUGAUGAGCCAGAAGCUGGGAUGGAAAACCUCUUGGAGGUGGAGAUCCCCGCAGAAGUCGAGGAGCAGCUGCAGCGUCUGGAUCGGGAAGAGGAGCAACGUGAGCGGACUGCCUCUGGCUCGCAGGCCCCGCAGGGCUAA